UAAGUUGUACAACCUGUCGUGAAGACGCGCGCUUUCUGGUUUGGUUGUUACAGUCGUUCCUAUCGUAUCUGAAUGAGAUCAACUGUUGAGAUCUGUAGAAUUAUAAUAUUUAAUAGAAUCGUGAGUUUUGUCGAGUGAACCUUUCGAAAUAUUUUUUCUCAGAAGACGAUUAUAUUUUUGUAAAUUCAGUCAUGGAGUCAGAUGGCUGCUCAUUAACAUGCACCGUUAUCGCAGAAUGGUUAAGUCCUCAAGGAUCUGUUUUGAGAAAACAAAGUCAUAGAACGGCGACUCUACGCCUGACUCGGAACAAUCAGCGAGAGUUGUUCAUCGAGAUACACGUGGACAAAGGGAAUGUACGAACAAAACUACCUUUGAAAGGUAUCUCGGUUUUUAACAAAUUUAUGUCCGAGGGCAAAGCGUCCAUCAAGUUUAAGGAACAGAACUGCACGUUGUUUUUGUCUAAUGCACCGUCUUCUAACUUAAUAAAUUUCUUGAAGACUAUAUAUAUUAAGAUAACUGGUCAAGAUGAAAACACGAUGAAGAAUCCUCUGAAAGAAAAGCUUUUAGGAAACAUGCAAUCAGGUACUGAAGAUAUUAGUCCAUCCACUAGUACAGAAAUCAACAGAGCAAAGGAGAAAGCUAUGUCUAUAUCACGUGCGACUAUCACCACUCCAUCACCGAGUGCCACCAAGAAGCGGAAACAUUUCAGUGAUACUUCUCCUAAAGUACAGGCAGCAAAAAAGCUAUAUGAGAAUCCUACAACAGGAGAAUUGAAUGAGGAGCAAAGUAAAAUUUUGAAUGCAGUGCUCACUGGAAAAAAUGUGUUUUUCACUGGAAGUGCAGGCACUGGCAAAUCGUUUCUACUGAAGAAGAUAAUCUCUGCUCUACCUCCUGAUGUAACAAUGGCUACAGCAAGCACUGGAGUAGCAGCUUGUCACAUUGGAGGAAUUACUUUACAUCAGUUUGCUGGCAUUGGUUUGGGUACUGCGACUCUGGAGAAAUGCUUUCAAUUGGCUUCCCGUCCAUCGGUAACUUCAGUAUGGAGAAAAACAAAACAUUUAGUAAUAGAUGAGAUAUCUAUGGUAGAUGGUGAUUUUUUUGACAAAAUUGAGGCUGUGGCAAGACAUGUACGUAGAACAGAAAGACCCUUUGGAGGAAUACAAUUAAUCUUGUGUGGUGACUUCUUUCAGUUACCACCUGUAUCUAAGACUGAGAAAGCAAAAUUUUGCUUUCAAAGUGAGGCUUGGCAGAAGUGCGUUCAUUUUAAUUACGAGUUGCGAACAGUCCAUAGGCAAAAAGAUGAGGUAUUUGUGAAGAUAUUAAAUAACAUUAGAAUAGGUAGAGUUACGGAUGAUAUUGUAAAUACUUUGAAAGAAACAGCAAAACAGCAAAUUGAAAGUAACGGAGUUUUAGCUACUAGACUGUGUUCGCAUGUUAAAGAAGCUGAUGAGAUUAAUGAAUUUCAGUUAAAUGAAUUAAAAGGUGAAAUUAAAACAUAUACAGCGGUAGAUUCCGAUAGCUCUAUGACAAAUAUGUUAGAUCAGCAUCUGCCUGUUCCUGGCAAAUUACUAUUGAAAGUUGGCGCUCAAGUUAUGCUGUUAAAAAAUAUAAAUGUUAGUAGCGGAUUAGUAAAUGGAGCUCGAGGUGUUGUUAUCGAUUUUAAAAAUAAUAUACCAAUAAUUCAAUUACGAUCUGGUACUAAAUAUGAAGCAAAAAUCGAGAAAUGGACUAUCAAAACUACAUCUGGUGCUCUCGUGCACAGAAAACAGAUUCCAUUGAAAUUAGCAUGGGCGUUUUCGAUUCAUAAGAGUCAAGGUUUAACUUUAGACUGUGUAGAAAUGUGCCUGUCGAGAGUGUUUGACGCUGGUCAAUCUUAUGUGGCACUUUCGAGAGCUCAGAGUUUACAGAGUUUACGUAUUUUAGAUUUUAAUAGUCAACAAGUUUGGGCUAAUACGGCUGUGCUCGAAUUUUAUAGAAAAUUUAGGAGAAAUUUACAAGAGAUGGAGAUGAUUCCUCUAGGUAAAAAAAUCAAAUCAGAAUCGAAUAAGAAGUAAAAUCAUAUUUUUAUACUCUGCUUAUACAUAACUUGUUAAAAGCAAACUAUAUUUCUACAUACAAUAAAAAUCAUAAAAUAUUUCAUGGGGUUUUUUUAUUUAAAGUAAAA